CUUUUUAAGUCAACCAGCCAAACAUUUGGCUUUUCAGUUCUAACGUUAACUGCUAUUAAUAUUCCCACCAACAAGGAAACCUAUCAAGCAUAAUGCUCACCUUCACUUUUCCCAUUUUUUCUUUGCUCCUCCUCUCCUCCUCCUCCUCCUCCACCGCGGCCCAACCAUACAACGCCACCGACUAUUACCUCUUUGACUGUGGUUCCUCCACCACCACCACCAAUUCGGACCGGAUAUGGGAUAGUGAUGAACGUUCCACUGUUGUACCCUCCACCAUCUCCAUCACCUCAUAUUCAUCCACCCCCCUUCACCGAGAUCCUUCGGUCCCCCAAACACCUUAUUCCACCGCCCGAAUCUUUAACACUUCUUCGUUCACAUACACAUUUCCGGUGUCCCAAGGCCCCAAAUUCCUCCGCCUAUAUUUCUACCCUGCCAUUUACUCUGACCUCAAACCAGAACAAUCUUUCUUCUCGGUAUCAUCCAAUGGCUACUCUCUCUUAACCAACUUCAGUGCUUUCCUAACCGCCUCCUUUCUAGCAAAGACGCGCUCCAACGCACGAGUCGACAGACCCCUGGUUCCUAACUUUGUCAAAGAAUUCAUCAUCUACGUAAAAGAUGCACAAAUCCUAAACGUUACCUUUACACCCUCACCCAAAUCGUACGCCUUCAUCAACGGUAUUGAAAUCGUUUCAAUGCCAGAAGAUCUCUACAACUCUAAGAAACUGAAAUCUGUUGGGGUAACUAACGGACCCGUUAUUGACAACAAAAUGGCACUUGAAAAUAUCUACAGGUUAAACAUGGGUGGGGGACAUGUAUCGGGUAAUGGAGAUACCGGUAUGUACCGGUCAUGGGGUCCUGAUAAUAACUACAUAUACUCAGCAGCAAUUGGGUUGACACCUGUGUAUGAUCAGCUGAAGCCGAUUAUGUAUACAACGGAGACACCGAAUUAUACUGCACCCGAGCUAGUUUAUCGAACCCAAAGGAGUAUGGGCAAUCAGUCUGACAAGUAUAAUCUGACUUGGAUACUUCCCGUUGAUUCCGGUUUUUAUUACCAUCUGAGGCUCCAUUUUUGCAACGUUAUACCACAAUACAAUAAACGUGGUCAGGUGAUUUUCAUGAUCUUCAUUAAUAAUCAAACCGCUGACGACGAAAUUGAUCUAUUUUACUUAACUCGUGGUAGUGGUUAUCCUGUAUAUAAGGAUUACGUUGUGUUUGUCAACGACCCGGAUGGCAGCGGAAGCAAACGAGAUUUGUGGCUCGCGAUGCAUCCGAAUCCCCAAUCUCAACUAUAUAAUGAUGCGUUUUUAAACGGCUUGGAAGUAUUCAAGUUGAGCAUGGAUGGUAGUCUUGCUAGCCCAAACCCCGAACUAUAUACUGCUGCUUAUCUAGAUGUUUCUCUCGUAAUACAGAACACAAAGAAAACUAAGUUAUAUGCCCCCAUAAUUGGAGGUGUCGGGGGAGGGUUAGUUGUGUUGACGAUUUUCGUUCUUGUGGUUUUCUUGCGAACGCGAGUCAAACACUCUGGUAAGGUUGGUGACAAGUCGUUAGCAUCUACUAACUCUUACUAUCCAUCAUUACCGUUAGAUAGAUGUCGUCGUUUUUCAUUUGCGGAAGUGAAAGUUGCUACCUGCGAAUUUGAUGCCAAAUGUGUUAUAGGCAGAGGAGGGUUUGGUACAGUGUACAAAGGGUAUAUUGACAACGCAAAAACCAUUGUUGCAAUCAAACGGCUCAACUCUUCAUCCAAACAAGGUUUUCGUGAAUUCAUAACAGAAAUAGAGUUUCUAUCCAAACUACGACAUGUACAACUAGUGUCCCUGAUUGGAUAUUGUGAUGAUGAGGGCGAGAUGAUACUGGUCUAUGAUUACAUGCCUAACGGAACUCUACGAGAACAUCUAUACAAGAAAUACAACCCUCCUUUGUCGUGGAAAAGACGUCUUCGUAUUUGCAUUGGUGCAGCAAAAGGGUUGCAGUAUCUCCACACUGGAGCAAACCGUGCGAUAAUUCAUCGGGAUGUGAAGUCCACAAAUAUCUUACUAGAUGAAAAUUGGGUUGCAAAGUUGUCUGACUUCGGGUUGUCUAAGCUAGGCCCUAAAGACCAAACAAAAAACCAUGUUAGCACAGUGGUGAAGGGUACCAUCGGGUAUGUGGAUCCUGAAUAUUAUCGGAGGAGACAACUCACUGUCAAAUCUGAUGUGUACUCCUUUGGAGUCAUUUUGCUUGAAGUGUUGUGUGCAAGACCUGUUAUCGAUCUAGGGCUGCCUGAUGAACAAGUGAAUCUGGCGGAAUUGGGAAGGUCCUGUUAUCGAAAGGGGACCCUGCAUGAGAUAAUUGACCGAAACCUGAGUGGUGAGAUUACCCCUAAGUGCUUAACGAAGUUUGGGGAGGUAGCCUGUAGUUGCUUGAAUGAAGAAAGAUUUGCACGCCCAGCUAUGGACGAUGUUGUUUGGGGACUAGAGUUGGCAUUGCAACUGCAAGAAGAUGCUGAUAAAACGGGUGAAAUGGUUUAGUGAGGCCAUGAAAUCAACAGCUUUCGUCCAUCAUGCAAGCAGAGAUGGCCAUAACCGAUGAAUAUGUGUUAUUGGGUUCAACUGGAGUGGCAAUAAGACAUGACACGUCGACGACCAAAUUUUCAUUGAGAUGUUGCAGCCACAGGUGGCUAAUAUAGUUUUGUAGGCUCAGACUCCAGUGUCACAGACAAGCAAUAUUUCAUAACAGAUAUGUGGUGAAGGACACAUGUAUUGGUUUUAUUUUGAGUUUCAAGAGUUGUGUAAUUAAAUUAUUUGUGUCUCUUGUAUCACUCCUUUUCUGUACAAAUUGAUAUAUAAUACCAAUAAUAAAAAGAAUAUAACAGUUAUCAGAUCAA